AUGGCGGCCGUGGCGGUGGCCCUGCGCGACGACUCGGCCUCGGCCAUGAAGACGGAGCUCGCCCCGCGGCCGGGGGCCGGGGGUAGGGAGAUGACCCAAGAAGAGAAGCUGCAGCUUCGGAAGGAAAAGAAGCAGCAGAAGAAGAAACGGAAGGAGGAAAAGGCGGCAGAACCCGAAGCCGGCUCUGCGGUGUCUGCAGAAGGCCGAGCAGGCCCCAUCAAAGAACCACCAGGACCGGGCAGUCAGCAGGGGUCUGCUGGAGAGAAAGUUUCAGCUGGCAAAAGUAAAGCUGAGCUCCGUGCAGAGCGGCGGGCCAAACAAGAGGCUGAGCGGGCUCUAAAGCAGGCCAGGAAAGGAGAAGCUGGAGGGCCUCCCGCUCAGUCCAUCCCCAGUACGACUGGAGACCCCCCCUCAGGAGUGAAGCAGCUCCCUGAACACUCUAAGGCCGACGACCUCACACUCCUGAGGAGACUCGUUAAAAAACCAGAGCGGCAGCAGGUGCCUGCUCGGAAGGAUUAUGGCUCCAAAGUCAGUCUCUUCUCCCAUCUACCCCAGUACAGCAGACAAAACUCUCUAACCCAGUAUAUGAGCAUCCCGUCCUCUGUGGUCCACCCAGCCAUGGUGCGCCUCGGCCUGCAGUACUCCCAGGGCCUGGUCAGCGGCUCCAACGCCCGCUGUGUUGCCCUGCUUCGUGCCUUGCAGCAGGUGAUUCGGGAUUACACCACCCCUCCCAAUGAAGAGCUUUCCAGGGACCUGGUGAACAAGCUCAAGCCCUACUUCAGCUUUCUGGCUCAGUGCCGCCCCCUGUCCGCAAGCAUGCACAACGCCAUCAAGUACCUUAACAAGGAGAUCACAGCUAUGAGCAGCUCCUUGCGGGAAGAGGAGGCCAAGUCAGAGCUUCACUCAGCCAUAGACCGGUAUGUGCGAGAGAAGAUCGUACUUGCUGCCGAGGCAAUUUCCCGCUUUGCUUAUCAGAAGAUCAGCGAUGGAGAUGUGAUCUUGGUGUAUGGAUGCUCGUCUCUGGUGUCACGGAUUCUCCAGGAGGCUUGGGCUAAGAAACGGCGGUUUCGGGUGGUGGUGGUGGACAGCCGGCCUUGGCUGGAGGGAAGGCACACACUUCGGGCUCUGGUCCGUGCGGGGGUCCCUGCCUCCUACAUGCUGAUUGCUGCAGCCUCCUAUGUGCUCCCAGAGGUUUCUAAGGUGCUGUUGGGAGCUCACGCACUCUUGGCCAAUGGGUUCGUGAUGUCCCGAGUUGGGACAGCCCAGCUGGCCCUGGUGGCACGAGCCCAUAACGUACCAGUGCUGGUGUGCUGUGAGACGUACAAGUUCUGUGAGCGUGUGCAGACGGAUGCCUUCGUCUCCAACGAGCUAGAUGACCCUGAUGACCUUCUGUGUGAGCGAGGUGACUCCGUAGCCCUGGCAAACUGGCAAAACCACCCGUCCCUCCGGCUGCUGAAUCUGGUCUACGAUGUGACGCCCCCGGAACUGGUGGAUCUGGUGAUCACGGAGUUGGGGAUGAUCCCUUGCAGUUCUGUACCUGUUGUCCUCCGUGUCAAGAGUAGUGACCAGUGAGUGGGGCAUCUCAGGGUCAAUAAAGGACAUUCUCUGCA